AUGGCAACUCCUUCUAGGGAUAUCGUGGUGUCUGUCACCAGUAAGAUGUCACAUCGAUAUACCUUUGUCCCGAAAGGAAAUCCCUACAUGACUCUGAACUGUCGAAGGAAGGCACGCGAAGAGGAUUAUGACGUCUAUGUCGUUAAAGAUUCCAAGGGGAAGUCGUUGGGGCUUCGUGUGCCAACCGCCAUUUUCGAGCAGGUUCAAGAGAAGUUCGAGCAGACACGUGAAAAGCGAGCUCAAAGCGUGAAGCGAACCGACGAGAAGGCGAAAACUGAAUUCUCUAACUCGGUUCGCAAGCAGUUCCCUAAGAUUCCUGCUGAGGAUGUGCCGAAAAUCGUGGAGCGGGCGAUGGAGAAGCACAGUGGACGAAUCGGCCGGACCAUGACGUUGGGUAUCGGUGAGAAAGCGCGGUUGGGCGUUCGCGCUUACAUCCGGCAUAAGUACACCGAGUACGACAAUCUCCUAAAGAAUGGCGUGUCUAGAAAUGAGGCCCGAAUUCGGAUCUACGAAGUCGUUGACAAGAUUGUGUCGGAGUGGGGGGGAUCAUUUCAAGAGGAAAUCCCCAAGACGGUGGAUUACUCGACUGACGAUGUUGGUAAGAAGCUUGCCCAAAGGACUAAUCUGAAGAACAGAUUCGCUAUGAAGUCUCGACUUCGUCUUCGCAAAAUGAAGGGGAGAUCUGAGAGAUCUGCGAGCGCGCCGCCGUUGUUGUAAGGACUGGUCCUAUGCUAGAUCCAGGUCAUCGACUACUUGCUAAUUUGAUCUUGAUAAUCGUAAGUACGAGCAGGUAGGUGUCUCUACUAUCAGGUCUUGCAUGUAUCCAUGAAGCUAUGGGUAGAACCACUACCAGUAAGUCUACCUCAUAUUUCCCAGUAAUUUCAUCAGCACCUAUGUUUCAACUUUGAUUAUCCGCGGAUUGUUUCGACAGCACUGUUUCUAUCGUAGCUUCU